GUUUGUUUUGCAUCAAACCUGUGCUGAGUUAAAAAAAAAAAAAUAAUUGGGCCAGUCUGAAGGUAGACUGACAGUUAAAGAGAGGUAAAACAGAAGGCAGCAGGAAGCACCAUAGCAACUGUACCAUGACAGCAGUGUUUGGUAACAGUCCCCGGUCAGCUGAUUGGCAGGUGAACAGCCCCUCCAGUGGCCGUGUAGAAGACUGACUCACUCAGACGUUUCUCCAUGGAAACCGACAUCAACAGUGAGGCAAGGUUGUCGUCAGCAGCUGACUGUGAACAACAUAAAAACUGCAGUGAUGACCUCCAGGCAGAUGGAGGCCUCCGAGGCAGCACUGAUUCCACUGUUUCUAGGCAAACAAAGGUGCAACAUCACUUUUGUCGUGGACAGCUCAGAGAACAUGAGAGCUGCUCUGGGAUCAGUGAAACGCCUGCUGAUCCAGACGCUGCUGACGAAGGCCUCAUUAAGGGACUCUCUCUUUAACAUCAUGACAUUCUCAGCCAAGUUGACCUGCUGGUCCCACCACAUGCUUCCUUGUGCUCCUGACACAGUGUACAUGGCUCUUUCCUGGAUUCACUCUAUCAGUUGCAGCCCCGGCCGGGAUCUCCUGGCUGCCUUGAGCAUGGCUCUCACUGACCCCUCCUGUCACGCCGUCCACAUGCUGUUUACUGGCCUCCCCGACCACCCAGAGGCCACGCUGACAGCCCUGCCUGCCCUGGCAGCUGGGAGGCCUGUGGACAUCUUCUACCUGCUGGAUUCUGGUGGUCAGCUGGACAACAGCACUCGGGACUACCUGCAGUGUCUGGCGCAGGCCACAAAAGGAAGCUGCUAUGUCAUUCCAGUCAGUUUGAAUGGAGUGCUGGGAAAGGUGAUCCCAGUGUGUCUGGCGAACCAAACAUCGCUCUCACCGCUCAAGUGCUGCUGUCCAUCCACUUCAGUCUUAAUCCCACACACUGUGUCAUCACCUCUGCUCAGAUGCAGUUUGGGUAAUCCUCUCCGCCCGGUUACCUCCUGCAUUCCUGGCCAAACCCUCCAGAGUCCAGAGUUCUUUACAGGAUGUCGAGUGCUGGCCAGGAGGGAGGUGGAUGGCCUUUACUACAUGGGUACUGUAAUACAGCAAGUACAGGGCCAUGGAGGGGUUUGGGUCGUUGAAUUUGACCACCCAGGAAGCGUUGGUUUGGGGCUGGACUCCUCCUGGAGGCAGAUGGUUUGCUCUCUCGACAUGGUGAACCACACCAGAGCUCACACACGCUGUUUGAUACCUGGUGAUACUGUGCUGUCACCAUGGGAACCAGAUCUGCGGAGAUAUGGGCCGGGGAGAGUGAUGGCCGCCACUGAACGGAGGGAUGGUCUGGGAGUCGAUGGUGUUAGGUGCCUCCGGGUGAUGAUGUGGAACAGCUGUGUGUCUCUGGUUCCUGGCAGUCUGGUUUUGCCCAUUCCAGCUUCUCAACAUGACAGAAUAAUGAGAGAGCUCCAAAUCCGAACAUCAGGCUCCAGUUGUUGCAGCAGCUGGCUUUGUGCUCGGAGCUCCUCCUGCCCUCCUCAGAUGUUCUGCAGGGACUUGUGUCAGUCUUCAUCUAACUGCUGUCCGGUCACAAACCACCAGCCAUCCAUGUUUCCACCCAGCUGCAGGUCCAGCAAUGGGGGAAUGAAUGGAUUUGAAAGAGCAGAGCAACAUAAAGAUGUGAGGAAGAGUGAGCCUGAGGUGCCCUCAUCCUCCUCAUCCUCUUCAUCUCUUUCUGAUGAUGACAUCACAGCUAUGCUUCAUCCUGCAGUGAAGCUGAGAAGUAAAGAACGGCGUCCUCCCUGGAGGUACUGGAGGAGAACUGGGUCAGAGCCACAACACAGACAGCCAGGGAGUGCUGUGACGAGGAGGAUGUCACAACCUGCAAGAUUCAGCUUCCCCGUCCCACAGAUCAGCGCCUCGCCCAAUCACAGCUCUAUGUUUCAGUCACUUCCUGGUGCUAAGGGAAGGAGAGCGAACAUCAGAGAUGUUUUUGGAAUGACUAACUUCAAACCUCGACCACCAGAGGGACUGCGGCCUUUCUCUGGCAGCAAGGCUGCUACUGUUUCCACAUAAUGUGUCAGAGUGCAGAUAAAACAACA